AUGAAUACCACCACUUCCACAACCACGAUCAAUGGUACUGUCACGAAUGUUACCGUCCUCCCCGGGGCAAAGCCCACGUUGUCGCCCCAACAGCAAUUUGCAAUACAACAGAACAUAUUUCUGUACGAACAGUACCAAAUCCUGCAAAUUGUGUACUCGCUUACGUAUGCCUUCAUGUUCUUUCUCACGAUGGCGCUGAUCAUCUACCUGCGUCGGAGCCGCACGUCUGCGUUCAAAGGCGACGUGAUCGCGGCCAACAAAGUCAUCCUGCCGUCGUUUGAGCCCCUCUUUUGGGUUAUUGCGUGCUCCACGGGCAUCUACACGACGUACUUUUUCGUAGCAACCAUCUUCGGCUACACUAAACCCAUCACAAACCGUUGGUUUGGCGAGCUGCUGGUCCAAGGCCGGCAGUUCAUCCUGUACCUCAUAGUGGCGUUCCUCCUUCAGCGAAGUGUGUCUCGACCAGCCCUCGUCCGGUCCGUGCUCAUAGCCCUCGUCAUGGCCGUCGUUCCUGUCAUCGUCGUGCAUUUGCUCGACGUGACCAGCCAAGACCAGCUCCUGCAGUUCGUGGUCGUGGCCGCGUACCGCACCAUACUUAUGGGGGGAUUUGCGUACCUCUUCUUCCGGCCCAUGCCCCGGGCGAGUGUCCGCACACAACAAGAGCUGUGCUUAUUUGCCCUCAUCUACUACAUCAUUGUGUACGUGUACACGUUCUGUUUCUACGAAAAGGACUACCAGAACGGUAUGAUCCUCGUGUUUUGCGCGGUCGUGUGGGCUACGUUUGGACCCUUCUUUGUGUGGCGGCUCCUCAAGGCCGACACCCAGCACUGGCGCGGACUCAGCGACCGCGCUUGUGACUUCCAGCAACUCUUUCGUGAGAACCAAGGCAUGCAGGAAAUCGUGUCGGCGCAGGGGCUCCAUGUGAUGUUGGAGAUGCAUCGCAAGGAUGUCGUGGACUUUUCUCACCUGGAUAUCCAACGUCAGAUGGCGUCCGGGGCGUCGGCGAAUGUGUACCGCGGGGUCCUCCACUCGACGAAACAAGUUGCAGUCAAGGUGUACUCGCCGUCGGAAAUCUCCGAGUCGACGAUCUUGGAGUUCUCCCAAGAAGCCGCCCUCUGCACAGCCCUAAAACACCCCAACAUUGUGCUAUUUCACGGCAUGUGCAUCUGCCCUCCAUCCAUUUGUUUGAUUUACGAACUGUGUCGCGGCAGCCUCGAAGAUGCGCUGCGCAAAUCUCGGGCAGAUCACAUGGAGCCCCUGUGGCCCAAGCUGUGUUACAUGCUGGAUGCCGCCAGAGCAGUCGCGUACCUCCACAGUUUUUCCCCACCCUUUAUCCAUCGAGACAUCAAGCCCGCCAACUUCCUCCUGGAUGCAUCCAACGUGGUCAAGCUGACCGACUUUGGCGAGUCUCGCAGCAUGGCGUUCACGAUCGAAGACAUUGCCAACGACAAUCGGGCGAUGACAGUACGGGGUACUGUCGACUACAUGGCCCCCGAGAUCAUCGAUGGCAAGCAAGGCCAGGCUUUGUACACGGAGACGGCGGACAUCUACAGCCUGGCCAUCACGUUGUGGGACAUCCUCCACCCCGGGCGAGAAAAGUUCCCCAACAGCAACCAAAAUCACCUCAACAUCUUUCGCAUGGUGUUGGACGGCCAGCGCCCCCCCAUCGACCCGGAAAUCCCCCAAACGCUACAAGAUUUGCUUGAAAAUUGCUGGAACUCGGACCCGAUCUUCCGUCCGUCGGCGAAAAUGGUCGUGGCCGUGCUCGAAGACAUGCAGGAGGACAUGUGCGGCCAAGUGUCUCACGAGUUGUCGGGCGUGGUGUCCUAUCUGGCCACGUUAAAGCCCAAGAAAUCUGCCAUUUCAAUGUCGACCUUCUCGGGGGUGGCGCUCGUGCAGUGUUUCAUUGAUCACGGCUAUGCGUUUGAGAUUGAAGAAGCCGUUCGCUUUGGCAAUUCGCUCAUGGAUGCCGGAUGUUUGCACCACUCCAAGCACAACCAGCCGUUUGAAAACUCGGUCACGGCCACGUAUACGUUUGACAGCUACCAGCUGGAAAUGAACGAGCCACUGGAAGACACAAUGACUGCCGCCGGUGGUAGCACCUUGGGCGAUGGUAGCGGGGGGUACGUCGGCACAUCCAUUCUCGGUGAUGUGAAUGCCACAUGUGCCUGUCGGAAGCUUGGUCAAGGUCACGUCAAACCCAAGGGCUUGCGGAAAAAGUUCUUCCGAAACCGCAAGGACGACAACCAAAUGGCGUUGGCUGUGAAUUUACUCAACCAAACUGGUGGCGACAUGGACUUUGUGGGCUACCCCUCCACCACCAGUUCGAAUGCAACUGGCACACGAACUUUGACCAUGCACAUGGCCUAGUAGUAGUAGUCAUUUGACCAGUGUGAUGAAUGAUAAGUGUCUUAGAAAGAGCUAUGUUUUCUAAGUUGACCAGUCGUAUCGUUUGACUGAUCGCAAC